CAGUGGCGGAAUCUGCGCACGAUUGGGGUGCUAUUCGGCUCUCACACACGGGUGAGCUCUGUGUUUGAGGCUAUUGUACGCGUAGGGGGACGCGUGAAUUCUGACUGAUUAGAAUAAGUUCGCGUUAAUACUUUUAUCUGGAGGAGUUCAGUUUAUGGAGUGUGAGGCCAUUUCUGCCUCUAGAUAAAACAAGUAAGUUCUGAGAGAAAAAUCCACUGAGACUGAAAGCUAGUGGGCUAUCCCGGUGGCUUGGAACUACAAAUGUUCAACGACAGCUAGCCAACAACUGGAAUUGGAGGACGCAAGUGUGGCUUCACACAAAAGGACUGUGACUUGUAAGAAUAAGACACAAGGAAAACCAUGCCCUCUGUGAUGGAGCGGUCGGGCUCUGGGGUUUUGUCCCGGAGCAGAGCCAAAACAGUGACUAAUGGCAACAGCCAGCAGCAUUCUGAAGAGGAGAGCAGCGACGAAGAGCAUGCUCAUGACAGUAUGAUCCGAGUGGGGGGUGACUACCAAGCCCAGAUCCCCGAGUUCAAACCAGACAGUCCCACACGCUAUGGUGAGAAGGACCAAAGAAGCAUGCUGGUGUGGACUCCAGACAGCCUGGUGUCAGAUGCCAUGUUGGAUGAAUACAUUCUCAUGGCGAAGGAGAAGCAUGGCUACAACAUGGAACAGGCUCUGGGUAUGCUCCUCUGGCACAAGCACGACGUGGAGAAGUCGCUGGCUGACCUGGCCAACUUCACCCCUCUGCCGGAGGAGUGGACGGUGGAGGACAAGGUGCUGUUUGAGCAGGCCUUCAGCUUCCACGGGAAGAGCUUCCACCGCAUCCAGCAAAUGCUGCCAGAUAAGCACAUCCCUAGUCUGGUGAAAUACUACUACGCCUGGAAGAAGACCAGAACUCGGACCAGUGUCAUGGACCGACAGGCUCGCAAACUCGUUACCAAGAGAGAUAAGGAGGACAGCAAUGACGAGGCUGAGGAAGGAGACCCUGGCAGUGACAGCGACUUUGAGAUCGAGACUAAGAAAGAGACAACGAAGCAGAGCUCAGUAGGCUCGGCGGAGUGGGGGUCUGGGCGAUCAGGUCCCAUCCGGAAGGAGAACCAAGGCUCCCAGUACCGGCACCACCCGCUAAGGGCACGGAGACGGCCUCCAAAGGGCAUGCACUUGGAACAGGACGACCUCACAGCCCUCUCCGCCUCCGCUGACUCUGGAGUGGUCUCCAACCGCCAGCUGGACACACUGCUAGUGUCCCUGAAGAGACAGGUUCAGAGCAUCAAGCAAGUGAACAGCACUAUGAAGCACACCAUAGAUGAAGGCAUCGAUACCAUGAGGCCUAACGAGCCAAACCCCAAGAACAACUCUCGCUGGACCACCGAGGAGCAGCUCCUGGCUGUUCAGGCGAUCCGGCGUUACGGGAAGGACAUGGCGGCCAUCGCGGAGGUGAUCGGCAACAAGACGGUAGGCCAGGUCAGCUCCUUCUUCAACAGCUACCGGCGGCGCUUCAACCUGGACGAGGUGCUGCGCGAGUGGCAAGCGGAGCAGGAGGUCCAACAGGGGAGCAGCGGGAACCUGGACCACUCCAUCAAGGAGCUCAACGGCACCGCAGGAAUGGAAGACGAGGAGAUGAAGAUGGACACCAGCUCCCCCCAGUCCCAGUCUGGCACGCCCUCCCCCUCGUCGGGGGCCAGUUCAGGCACCACCAAGACCCCUCCGCCCCUGACCCAGCCUCCUCCGCUGCUGCGCCCCGCGCCUCCCUCCGCACCGCCCAGCCUCCUGCGCCAACCCCCGCCCCUGCAGACCAGGCCUCUGCAGAGCCGCACCCCCCACAACCACCCUCCGCCGCCUCUCAUCCGCCCCGCCGUGGCGUCUGGCGGCUCAGGAGGAGCAGCAGGAGGAGGAGGAGGAGGAGGAGGAGGAGGAGCAGCAGCACAGGGCACAGGACGGAGCUCCCUAGGGGGCUCUGGCAAUGGCACGACACCGAACCAGAUGCCACCCUCUUUGGUGGGGCUGAAAGUGGAAACUCCUCAAAGCCACUAGUGCAGUGAUCUGGACAGAGACGGCCAAACUGGAUUCAAUAGUGGUUAUUAUGUAUUCCAAAUGACACUGUUUGACCUGUCCAGUUCAACCAGGUGUUUGCCUUAAUUAAGUCUUGCGGCUAUGUGAAGGCCAGGUGAUGAGGGAAAUCACCGGGUUGAACUGGAAAACUUGGCAGAUCAUUUGGAAUAUGUGGCACUCUAUUGUAAACGAAUGAAUCCAGGUCUCCCAUCACUGUACUUGGGGGUGACUUCCAAGAAGUUGCGAGUACUGUGGAAUACCAACCACAUUGACACAUUUCAUACACUCAGCAACAUUUGUUUUUCUUCAAUUGGAUCUCUCCAUGUCCAUUUCUUUCUCUCUCUCUCCUCUCUCUCUCUCUCUCUCUGUCUCCCCUCGUUCUACCCUUCCACUAUGUAGUAUUCUUCCGACACAUUUCACAUUGACUUCAACUCCUCACUGCCUUGUCAGGGACAGACGAGACCAAACCAAAACAGACCAUACCCACAUCAUGAUCUCACUUGGUAACCGUUUCCGUGGUAACCAGCAAGUGGUGUCUUAUCAAGUUUCAGAACCAUGCGUUUACAGGGGUGCCAAGAUCUGGUGACCCUGCCAAAGCUGUUCAAAUCAAAGAACUCGUAACCAAAAUGUCCUCAACAACAAUAACAAACCCAAGCCUUCUGAGCCUAUAUACACUGGAUCGUCAUGGAAAUGAAGAAUGCCAUGACAACAGGCUCCUGCAGACAGACAUACAGACAGACCUCCCACCCACCAUUGCCACCUCAUAUCCAUCACUAUGGCAACAGUGGAACAUGUUGAACUACUGUGCGUAAAGCAUGGAGGCAAAAUGCACAAUGUUCCAAAGUGUCAGUUGUCAGGAAAAAAGGGAAGUGUGUGUUUGUGUGUGUGUGCCUGUUGUUUGCUGACCGACACUCGACACAUGAGAGCCAUAUGCUGUUAGUUAUGUGAUGACACUUCUUUUGGUAUCUUUGUUUUUUUCCUGUUGAAAUGUGUAUUUUUUAAAUAGUUUUUGGACUUUUUUGUCAGGUAGCUAGUCCAAGUUAGCAGUUACACGGUUUGAUGUUGACUCAGCACUAAAAUGACCCAAACUACUUGAUUGAAAGGUAUUCGUUCACACAGACGCAUGAAUAGAUUGCUCUUCCUCUUGGUGCUGAUAGUUACAGAAGGAAAUGCCAAAUCUUUAGUGUUUUUUUGAAAUUCUGUGUGGACUGUUUACAUGUUUACAAACUGGAAUUGCUUGUAAUGUGAGAAAUCUCUUUUCUACUUAGUCUUAUUUUUCCGUUUUAGAAUAAAGACCAAUGCCUAUGCUUUA